CGGAGGCGGCUCUGGUGGAGCGGGUGGGGGAAGGGCGAGCGGUGGAGCUUCGGCGGCAGGGAUGGAGCACCAUCAGCCCGCCAGCCGCUACCAAGUGCUUCACAAUGAGGAUGACCCUCCUGAAUCUUCAGUGGCUGAGCAGCCUUCUACUUCUACAGAGACGACACAGACUCCUCAGACAGCAGCCUUAUCUGAAGCAGAUACCUCCCCACCACCUUACUGUAGCAUAGGCGUAGAAGCAGCUGCAACCUCAGAAACACACAAUGAAUUUUAUCCUGUACCACCUCCAUACAGUGUAGCUACCUCUCUUCCUACUUACGAUGAAGCAGAGAAGGCCAAAGCUGCAGCAAUGGCAGCUGCUGCAGCAGAAGUUACCCAACGUGAAGAAGAGUAUCCACCACGGGAUGAUUUCAGUGAUGCAGAUCAGCUUAGAGUGGGCAAUGAUGGCAUCUUCAUGUUGGCAUUUUUCAUGGCAUUUAUUUUCAACUGGAUUGGAUUUUGUUUAUCCUUCUGUAUAACCAAUACCAUAGCUGGAAGGUAUGGUGCAAUCUGUGGAUUUGGUCUGUCUCUGAUCAAAUGGAUUCUCAUUGUACGGUUUUCAGAUUACUUUACUGGAUAUUUCAAUGGACAGUACUGGCUUUGGUGGAUAUUUCUGGUACUUGGACUCCUCCUGUUCUUUCGAGGCUUUGUCAAUUAUCUUAAAGUCAGAAACAUGUCUGAAAGCAUGGCAGCUGCUCACAGAACAAGAUUCUUUUUCUUGUAUUAAAGACUGCAUCAAACAGACAUUCCUUUCUUGUACCAGUGUGAAAUUUCCAGAUGAUCCCUAAUCCUGCAAGUUAAUAGGAUAGAAGACUACUAAAAAAAGAAGACAAAUAAGUGAAGAUACUGCUUCUAAAUAGAAUGACAGGAUGGCUUAUGCUCAAGUGCCAGUUGUAGUCAUUCUAAUAAAUAUUUAUAAUUGCUGCCUUUUGUUUCAGCACAUCUGCAUACAUGCUUACUAAAAAAACAGUAGUGCUGAAGUAAGAACAAACCAUCUAUUAGUAUUGAUUAGGUACAGUCAGACUUGGUUAAUCUGUGCUUGUUUUACCUGACACGUGUAAGUGGUAACUUGUUUCACAAAAUGUGUGUACCACUGACUUGUUGAUCUGAAGUUUGAGUAAAAUGAAAUGCAUUAAAUGAUUUAGAUUAACCAGUUCAGACAAUUUUUUCUAUAAUUUAGAUUCAUCUAAUGAUUAUGUAGAACAAUUUUACUAUUUACUAAAACUGAAAAUUUCCUUGGUGUCACGAACUUGCGUUCAUCAAUAUUUUAUUGAAUUCACACCAGAAUACUGGUUUACUUAGGGAUGAUACCCCACAUUGAGUCCCCUGUAAAUAAUUCUGCUUAGAUUACUAUUUAAAUUGCUUCUUAGGAACUGUGUCAAAAUAUAUUUUGUAACAGUAUAUUCUCCAAAUUGUUUAAUCUGCAUAAGAGCUAUAUGCAUUUUUUUGUUAAUUUGACUAUUUGGGUAUAAUUACUAUCAGAUGUAAUUUUUGAGGUAAAGGCAUUGAAUUGGUUAUCAUCACAGCUUUCCUCACAUGGAUUUUAGCAGGAAAGGGCUUGAGUCGGAAAGCCCUCAUUCUUAUGUAUGUAAGAAUGAUCCCAUUACUUGAUGGAGCUCAUGUUAGCAGGGAUGGACAGCCUUGCACCUGUAGUCCUGGAUUAUGCAGUUGGAUCCUUGUGUAUGCACCUUUGUUCCUGAAACAGUGUAUUGCAAAUGUAUUCCCUGAUUUAUAACACUGACUCUGUUUAAAAAUUCUCGAGUUUGAUAUAAACUCAACAUCUAUUUAGGAUAUUCUCAAGAAAAAGAGGAAAAAAAUUCUCUGCCAUUUCAUAAGAAUAAACUAAAUGCAAGAUAACUUUGGAAAUAAUCUAUGAAGGAAAAGAAAUCUUACUUUUAAAGCUCUGAAAUUGGAAAAAGUGUGUUGCACUUCUCUCAGUGUUCAUUUAAGUUAUACCAUUACUUUGCUAUUAAAUAUCAUCUCUUUGGGGGUUACUCUAAGUGUUAAUGCACAUUUGAUUCCCUUUAAUGUUUAUCAUUUAUACUUCUACCUAAGAAGGAGAAUGCAUCUCUCAGUCCUUUGUACAACUGGAAUCUCAGUUGCAAAAUACAUUGGUUGUUGGUUGCACCUUUGGGGAAAAAAAUUACAAAUACUUUCCUCCAGUUUUUAUAUUAGGAUUCUGCCUUUUUAUUACUAACAUUAAAAAUGAGAUUUAUGUUUUGAGUUAGUGCUGUAUUCAAUUUUGUAUCUGUAAUGAAUGUUUAAAAUAUGCAUAUGUAAACUGGUUACAUUAUUAGUUUUCUUAAUCUUUCAGAGAUACUGAAAGUGAUUAAAACCUUAGGGGCACCUUCACUUCCCCGCCUUUUAUGGAAAGUAAAAUUAAGUAGAAGUUCCUUCUAAACUUAGCUGUUGGUUUCUCUGUUCUUUUGCAUCCAUUGUCCUUAUGAAAUAAGAAACAGAUAAUAAAACAGUGCUUUGUUUUGCUAA